CUCUCUCUCUCACACACACACACCCCUCUCUGUGCGGAAGUGAACCCGCGAUGCAGGGAAGGGCGCGUGCAGUAUAAAACUCUCGGCAACUUCCUCGUCUUCACUUUUGCAUCGCAGAAGCUUUGCUUAAAGUCACUAUAGGAGGAUCCGAGCACCAGGUCCAAAAACUAAAGCAGAGUGAAAGAUGAGUUGGGACAGUUACAUCCAGAGUCUGACCAAGAACGAGUGGCUGGACGACGCAGUCAUCAUCGGGCACACACCAGGACAGGAGAGUGUGUGGGCGUCAUCACCGGGCGGCUGGCUGUGUGGGGUCACGGCAGCAGAGGUGAAGGCGCUCAUAGCGAGUGAUCGCAGUAGUUUAUUUUCUAAUGGAGUGACUUUAGCAGGCAGGAAGUGCACAGUGCUGAGAGACGCCCUUAAUGUGGAUGGACAGAACACCAUGGACCUGAAAAUGAAGACCUCAGAAAAAGACCCUGAUCCUUUUCCCUUCACUAUUGGCAAAACAAUUAAAGCUUUGGUCAUAGCUAAAGGAGUGAAAGAUGCUCAUGGUGGAAAGGUGAACCCUCCUGUCUUUGAUAUGACUGCUUAUCUCCGAAAGAUGAGCCUCUGAACCUCCACCCUAUCUCUCUCACACACACACACACACACACACACACACACACACACACACACACCCUUCCAGCAUAUUCAGCUCAGUGAAUCUGGACAGCAUGCUGUAGUGAUGGAUGGAUUCAUCCCCAGUCAAUUUGAUUGGUUGAUUAAUGGUACUCAUUGAUAAAUGGGCGGAGCUUAAUCUCAGGCAUCUGUUUAUUAGAUUUAUUUUUUUUAUUGGUUUAUUAUUUUAAUGCUUAACCGAACAAAUGUUCAAAUGUUAGCCCAAUAAAAAUAACAUAGUAAAGUUUAUUCUGAGAUCA